UUUUCAUUUUAUUGUCCCGCGUGAUUUUCCAUCGCGGUACAAAGUGGCUAUUUUCGCCGUCGAAUUUCUGCACUUUUCAUUACUCUAAGGCCGUUGAUUUUUAUUUCGAAUAUACUUUAAAUGUUUGCAACGUGUAAGGAAACUGUCAUCUGUCAUUGAAGAGGUAAAAUACAACACUUCAAGCAUGGAGACUCAUCCUGCGAAUAACGCGAUGUCAGAAGGAUCAGAAUCAUCAAACAUGACCAUUUCGACAGAAGUGGGAACAGAGUCAUCCGACACGUCAGGAGUUUCGGUGAACAGUUUCACAACAGAUAGCAGCAUUAACGGAGAUGACUCGGUCAACAUGUCUGGGGUGUCAACUCUCGCGAUAGAGGAGAGCACUCUCGCCGUUAACGGAGACACUUCUGCAGACAUGUCUGGGGUAUCAACCCUUGCCACGUCAGUGAUAGAAGAAACCACCAUCGGAAAUGAUACACUCAAUGCGUCAGAAGUUGAUUCAGCUAUCAGUGGCUCUGUCUCAAGAUCCAACACUCCUGAAUCUUUCUGUGACUUUGACGAUACCCGUGACCAAAUACAAAACAAUCCCUUGGUAACAAAGGAAAUGGUGGCUGAAGAGAAAAAAUUAGAGAAGCAAAGAAUGAAAGAAGAAAUGAAGCAAGAGAAAGAAUUUGAAGAAAAAGUUGCAGAAGAAGAAAGAUCAGCACGUUACAACAAGUUGAUGGAGCUUUUAACAAAAUCAAAGUUUUAUGGGAAGUUUAUUGCACAACAAUUGGCAGCUCCACAGCCACCCAAAGACAAGAAACCGGUUGGAAAGAAAGGUCGAAAAUCUAAGAAGCAGGAUGAUGAAAAUAAAGCCUCCGAAGAAAAUAUUAAUCCAGUUAGUCAAGAAUCAAUCAAAACUGAGGAGGAGAACGAUUCACAAGAUAGUCAGCAUUCCAUGAGAACCAGGAAAAGGAAAGCCAGUUCAAGUCCGGCUACAACUCCUGAGCAGUCCAACGGAGCAGAUAAUGCAAAGCGUGCCCGGAGACCGCCUUCAUGGCUCAAUGACUAUGAAGCCAAAGAAAAUCCAUCAAAAGAACCAAAGACAGAAGAUACUGAAGAAACAUAUAUCACUGCUCAAGGGUUUACUGCAUCUGUAAGGCAACCAAAACUCUUCGAUGGGGGUUCGUUGAGAGAUUAUCAAUUAGAUGGAUUAGAUUGGUUAAAAGCUCUGUUCGAAAAUGGUGUGAAUGGAAUCUUGGCGGACGAGAUGGGUUUGGGAAAAACAGCUCAAGUCAUAUCAUUUGUCUGCCACUUGAUUGAAAUGGGGGCCACUGGUCCUUUCCUAAUUAUCGGUCCACUGUCAACGCUUCCCAACUGGAUGAUGGAAUUUGAAAGAUUUGCUCCUAAGAUCCCUGUCUUGCUUUUCCAUGGCUACAAAGGCGAGCGAGAACGAUUAAGAUCAAAGUUUCGUCAGAAGAAAGACGUCAAUGGAAAGAAGGUAUUUCCUGUAAUCCUAACAUCAUAUGAAAUCCCAUUAAUGGAGAGGAGCCACAUGAGACAGUUCAUUUGGAAAUUCAUCAUUGUCGAUGAGGGACAUCGUCUGAAGAAUCACAGUACGCAGCUAGCGCAGGAAUUAAGAGCCUAUAACUCAAUCAACAGACUUCUGCUGACUGGCACUCCUCUGCAAAACAACUUAAUGGAACUUUGGUCACUUCUAAAUUUCUUGUUGCCCGAACUAUUCAAUGAUUUGAAUGCUUUUGAGUCGUGGCUAGACAUCUCAAUUUUUUCAGACAACGGACGAGCUCUCAUUGAACAAGAAAAAAGCAACCAAAUAGUAGCUACACUUCAGCAGAUUCUGGCCCCUUUCAUGUUGCGUCGAAGGAAAGUAGACGUUGAAAUCAACAUUCCUCCGAAGAAGGAGCUCUUAGUGUACGCACCAAUGACAACCCUGCAGCAGGAUUUGUAUAAAGCUACGAUCGAUCACACCAUUGAAAGAUUGCUAAUGGGCCCAGAAAAACAGGAAGGUUACAUUAUUCCUGACAAUCCAGAUGGAACAAGAGCGAGGCGCUCUUGUGCACAAAAGAAUAAAGAUUAUUCCUUUCCUUCUAUGGAGUGGUACGUCGAACAGGAUAGCAAGACUGAACCGAAUGAAAUUUCUGUGGUCGACAAGGAGAACCCUGAGUUUGCGUUCAGGAUCAGGAUGCAAAACACAGGAAUGCAGUUACGUAAAAUAAUCAACCAUCCUUUCCUCAUUCAAAUGCCCCUCAAGCCAGGAUCUGGACCUCGAGAAAUUUUAGUCAGCGAGGAUAUUGUUACAAAAUCCGGAAAACUCCUAGUUUUAGAUGCCAUGUUGGCCAAAUUAAAGAAAGGAGGACACAAGGUGCUCAUUUUCUCAACCUUCUGCAUGGUCCUUGAUCUACUGGAAGAGUACAUGAUCAUGCGAGAUUAUGGCUACAGGCGAUUGGAUGGAAGCCGAAAUAUUGAGGACAGGAUGGAGUCAAUAAAAGCAUUCAACACAGAUCCAAACAUUUUCUGUUUUCUCAUCUCAACCCGAGCUGGUGGCCUUGGAAUUAACUUGACCGCUGCUGACACUGUAGUUAUUUUUGACAGUGAUUGGAACCCUCAAGCUGACCUACAAGCCCAAGACAGAUGUCAUCGGAUUGGUCAAACUAGACCUGUUGUUGUAUAUCGCUUCGUAACAGCUGGAACAGUUGAUGAAAAAAUUGUUGAAGUUGCUGGUCGAAAAAGGAAAUUAGAAAAGCUAGUCAUUCAAGAUGGUACUUUCAUCAACCCAAGCUCAAUAAUGAAACCAUCUCUUCUCAAUCUGCAAGCUCUGAAAUCUCUCCUCGAAUCCUGCGACUAUCAGAAGAAAAUCCAGCCCAAUGGUUUCAUCUUCACUGAUGAGGAACUUGAUGCCUUGCUGGACCGCAGUGAUUUGCUUGGGGACACGAAAGGUGUUCUCAAGUCCUCUAAUUCCGUCUUCAAAGUCUUACAGGUUGAUGAAGGUCAGUGAAACUCUCCGUUGUUGAUCUUAUAAUAGGAUUUAGGAUUUUGGCCAUUUAUUGUUAAAGUUUUGUAUUUCUUUCUUAGUCUGUAGGUACCUAUGUAAAUAUUGUUCAUUUUGUACUAUUUUAACUAAGAAACACAAGAUACGAUUGAACCUUAGCCAUUUUUGAUGAGGAUUUCUUUACAUCGUAAGGUCUCAUUCCAAUGACUGUAAAUAAUCUCAGGAAGCUCAAGGCUAUAAGCUGUAAUUUAUUUUUCACUUGUUCACUAAUAGUUUUAAGAGAAAAAAAAGUCCAGGACUGUCAAGAUGGAAACCAGAAAUCUCGUUCACACUGUCGCUGUGAUGGCACAUUCUUUUAAAUCAUUCCAUGGCUCAGAACUUGACUCUCACUAAAAGAUUCAUCAUCACAUGGAACUCUUUUCAUUUUGUUCGACAUGUCGCAAUAAAAAAUUUUCAUACCAAAUAAUUUAUUGAAAACUGCCAACCAAAGCUGCGCAGAAAUGGAAUUUCCUGGUUUUGUUCUCGAUGGUCCCAUUUAAAAAAGCUGCUCUCCUGCUGUAAGCGUGAGCUAAGUACAAAGAGAAGUACAACUACCCUCUAGUAUUUAUUUAAUUAUAUUGUUAUGUUUUAAAGGGAAGUUAUUCUGAUAAUGGCUGGUUUUGUUCCUUUCGGUUGGAACCUGACUCCAGGUCUGUCUAAUCAUGUAGUUGACAAUCUUGGAACAAAAGUCAGAAGACUUUUCAAUUUUCCGGAUGAUGUGUGGAUGAAAGAAACCCUCGAAUUACGUUUGAUGAUAACUUUUUUGUAGUUUUUCUUCGUAUCAACUCUACAUUUAGGUAGUAACAAUGGGUCAGUGGAGCAACUCAUAAAAUCGUAUUUGAUUACGUGGAGCUGCGGAGAUUUCUCUGUUCAAGAAACUUGAUGAUCGAUAUUGUGCACUGUUUCGAAGGAUGAUAUCUUUGGUUUUUCUAGAUGCCAAUCGUCUAUGUUCAGGCGGGUCUUUCUAUAUAUUUUUCUCUUAGGAUUCAAGUAUGAAGAUACGAUUCUGUUGUUGCGUAACUGACCCAUUUCAAAGUCAGAUCUGAUACCAGAAGCCAACAUCAGCCAGAAAAUAUAACUUUCUCCCUGUUGCCUGUGGAAAUAUUUAUUGUGCACCUUGUUUUGUCUUGUCAAUUUGUCUGUUUUUUCGUUGUGUCAUAUCUCAAGAUUGUUCUAGUUCCAUUUUCUUGCCAUUUUUGUAUUAUGUUUGAUAUUUAAUUCCAAUUCCUGUUCCUAUGUUUAAUCCUUGUUGUCAGCCCAGUCUGAUGAAUGUAUUCUGAUAACGUUUUUCACAAAAAAAAAAAAAAAAAAAAAAAAACAUUUCACUUUUAUUCCCAGCAAUGUAUUUCAAUGGUAAAAAAUUCUCAUGCUGCCAUUAUUGUAUUAAUCUGUCAUUCUCAAUUCUAAAAUGAAAACAGGGUUCAAAGAUGAGGUGCAAAUUAUCUCAAUACAGUGAAAAAUAAUGUCCCUAAUUUUCUUUCAUCUUAGCAUUGUAGUGCUCAAAAGUUAACCAAAAAAUUGUUCUCUACUCCUUUAAAUUAUUUCAGAAUUUUAUACUCGUAGAUUUUAUACUUACCACUUAAAAUAUUUUGCUCUGUAUGCCUUAUAGUAAAGUUACCUAGAAACUAUAAUUUGCCUGUCUUAUCAAAUAUCUAAUAAUCUUCAAGCAUUUAAAUUUGUAAUAUGAAGUGUUUGACUCAAACUUUAAUAAUGACUUUGCCACCUAUAAAUAAUUUUCUCUUCAUUCUCAAUUCUUCUUAUUAAUAAAUGACGUUUCAAUGUAGCAGCAACUCUACUCUGGUGCAAGUUGAAAACUGAAGUAUUUAUUCUAUUUUUAUGUAUGAACCAAUAACAUCACUUAAAUUUAGCUUCUAGUUAGCAGCAAUUGUAAAAUCAGCUUUCACUUCUCCAACUGGAUGUUUACUCCGAGUGAGCCUACAUCCUAAACAGAUUUAUUUGUAAAUUUUUUAGUAGUCUCGAUUUUGCUGCACACUCGAGUUUCAAACUCCUCAGCCUAAGUAUUGACUCUAACUUUCGUACAAUGUUUUCUAAGAUUACUAUUUUCUCUAGGUGAUUUUUUUCCUCUCAUAGUUCACUUACUGAUUUUUAGUUCAUUAAGAAAUGCUACUUAUGGACCAUUCACUUUUUAUCCCUUUCAUGUUUGAAAAACUUGUCAAGCUCUUUCUGUCUUUGACUUGAUACGCUUGUUUAUUAAUUUAAGAUUGUGUUAUAAUAAAGCCUCGAUCAACUUUUGAACAGUUUA